AUUAAAGGGUGCCUCAAAACUGUCCAUAAUAUUAAAGGGUGCUUCGGGACUGUCCAUAAUUUUAAAGGUUGUCUCAGGACUGUCCAUAAUUUUAAAGGGUGCCUCAAGACUGCCCAUAAUUUUAAAGGGUGCCUCAAGACUGUCCAUAAUUUAAAGGUGCCUCAAGACUGUCCAUAAUUUUAAAGGGUGCCUCAAGACUACUGUCCAUAAUUUUAAAGGGUGCCUCAAGACUGUCCAUAAUUUUAAAGGGUGCCUCAAGACUGUCCAUAAUUUAAAGGUGCCUCAAGACUGUCCAU